AUGGCUGACCAAGUCCCUGCUGGUUUCAAUGAGAAGUACCGCAUCGGGCGUGUUAUCGGCGAAGGCAACUUUUCCAUUGUGAAGGAAUGCACCAACCGGAAGUCUGGAGAGCGGUUUGCCGUCAAGUGUAUUAACAAGGCGGCACUUAACCCCAAGGACCGCAGCAAUUUGGUGCAGGAGAUCGAGAUCCUCAAAGAUUUAAACCACCCGAAUAUUAUCAAGUUGUGCGAUGUGUACGAUGGCGAUGGUCCCAUGUGCUUCCUGGUGAUGGAAUACGCCGAAGGUGGAGAGCUUUUCGAUCGUAUCAUCGCCAAGGAAUAUUACACCGAAGCGGAGGCGAAAAAGGUGGUGAAAGUCGUGGCAAAAGUGCUGCGGUACUGUCACUCUGAAGGUGUAACCCACCGCGAUCUGAAACCGGAAAACCUGCUAUACGCAGAUGAGACUGAAAGUGCGGUGAUCAAAAUUGCCGACUUCGGGUUUGCCAAGCUCGUGACAGAGGAGACCAACAUGUCCACGAUGUGCGGGACUCCAGGCUACUACGCACCGGAGAUCGUCCGCAAGCUGCCGUACGAUAGUAAGUGCGACAUCUGGAGUCUCGGGGUUAUCACGUACAUUCUGCUGUGUGGCUUCCCACCGUUCUACGAUGAGAACCAAGUCGAGGAAAUGCGAAAGAUUCUAAACGGCGACUUUGAGUUUGUGGCGCCGUAUUUUGACGGUGUCUCGCAGCAGGCCAAGGAUCUAAUUUGCAAAAUGCUGGUAGUGCAGCCGUCGAAGCGUUUGACAGCGCAGCAGGUAUUGGAUCACCCAUGGUUCAGCGACAUUAAGGAAGCGGAUGACGAUGCACCGGUCCUGUCGGUUGGCAAGAACUUGAAAGAGGCUAGGCGUCUGACUGCACGCAGUAAGUUCCGUGCCGGUGUGGGUGCGGUCAUGGCCGUGACCAAGACGCAACGUUUGCUGAAGGCAGCUCGCAGUCCGCCGACGUAA